UUAUUUAACGUAGUUCUCUAAGUAGUCUGUGUAUUAUUUCUAGUCGCAAAAAGAGAGUAGUUAGAACUUUUCCUUGUUCCUAUUUGUAUAUAGUCUAAUUUAUAAUGAUAUUUUUAUAUUGCAAUUAUUUUUUUUUAUUUUCAUUUGUUUGUGUUCCAUUAAAAGUGUUGCAUUAAAAGUGGUUAUUAGCUAAUGCUUAUCUUGGUUAUUUGUUUUGAUUGACUAAAAACAUAUAUAAAAAUUAACAAUACAUUAUAGUUUUUACGUAUAAAAAAGUACUUUUAAGAUAGACAUCGCAGAAGGCGUUGUGAUAUACUUAAAUUUUAAUAAAGAGGUUAUUUUAGGCAAGUUAUUUAUCCACAAAACAAUUCCGUAAUAAUCCAUCAAAAAUGUCUUUACGAAUGCAAAUGGAAAAGAAAAAGACCCAAGUGGAAAUGCGUCGACUGAUGGCUGAACGUAAAAAAAAAGAUACGAAAAUCGUUAAGAUAGAUAAUCCUCUUGCUAAAUACAACAAUGCAGGACAAUUAACAUGCAUACUUUGUAACUCUAUAGUGAGAUCUGAAAAUGUAUGGACAGUACAUAUAAAUAGUAAACAGCAUAGAGAAAAUGUUGAAAAAGCUAAAAAAUUAAAAGAGUUAACGAAUAAUUUUACUGUUGGAAAGAUAAAACGCAAACUAAUAAGCCCUCCAAGAGAUGUCCCUGUAGAAAAAAAGUUAAAAGGCAUAUUAAAAAAUGCUAGUGAAGCAGUUACAUCAAUUGUAUCAAAAUCUACUAAUAAUGUACCACAUAUAAUAUCGUAUCACAAUGAAGAAAUCAAAAGAUCACCUCUUAUUCCUGGACUUCCUGUUGAGAGAAAACAAGAUCCCCAAACAUCAACAGAGACUCAAGAGCAAGAUUUAAAAACUCAGUUACCUGAUCAGCCUAUACCAGAAGGAUUCUUUGAUGAUCCAAUAUUGGAUGCUAAGAUGAGAAAUAUCGAAUACAAAGAUCCAGUUGAAGAGGAGUGGGAGAGAUUUCAAAAGGAAAUGAAAGAAGAAGCUAGUGCGUCUGCAGAAAUUAUAGCUGGUGAGCAAGAGGAAGCAACAGCAAAGCGACAACUUGACGAAAUCGAUGAACAGAUACGCAAUUGGUCUAGAGUUCUCGAUCUGGAAUUGAAAAAAGAAGAAACUAAAAAGAAAAAGCAAGACAUGGAUGAACAAAUGAGUGAAGAUAUUGAAGAUGAUGAUGGCAACGAAGAUGAUAAUAUAGAUGAGUUUUUGGACUGGCGGGCGAAAAAAUCUUACAGUUAACUCUUAACUCUGUUCUUUUACUUUUAUAAAAUAAAUAUUGUUCUUCUAC